AUGCUCCAUCUCACAAGAUAUAAAUUCCCUUCUCUUGAACCCACCAGUAUUCUUCAGGUUCCUAAACACUUUUUACAGGAACGCUUUCGACGCGACAUUUUGCAUCGUGCUGUGGUCUACGAGGCAGACGCGGAUAGACAAGGAACUGCCAGUACAAAGCGACGCAGUGAAAUUAACUGUUCCGGAAAAAAAUUAUACCGCCAAAAAGGUACGGGCUAUGCAAGAGUAGGUGAUGCUUCAAGCCCUAUUCGCAAAGGAGGUGCCGUUGCACAUGGUCCAAAGCCAAGGGAUUUUAGCACAAAGCUCCAAUCCCAAGUUUACGAUAUGGCAAUGCGUGUGGCUUUGAGCUACAGAUUCGCUAAGAACGACUUGAUGGUUAUAGAGGAUCGCAUUGAUAUUCCCCUAGCACAAAGCCGUGUCUUGCAAGAAAUUAUUCUUCAACACCAGCUUGGUCAUCCAUACGGUCGUUCCUUGUUUGUAUUGCAUGAUGAAUUCUUUGAACCUACAAAUGCUAAACAAAACAAUUUCUACAAGGCUGCAUCUACUCAAGGAAAACACUUGCAACUUUGCUCAGUUAGUGAAUUUCAAAUCCGAGAUGCCCUUAAAUACGGUAAACUAUUUAUCGAUUCCAAAGCGAUGUCCACAUUACUCGAGAAGCAUGCUCGCAGACCCUCACUAUUUGCACCUCCUACCACUUCUACUGCUACAUCUUACCCUUCCGCUUCUACCGUUGCAAACGGACCUCAGUGA